AAUUACUUUGAAAAGAAAAAGAAAGAAAAAGCUUCCUUGAAGUCAAAAACCUUGAAUCAAAGUAAAAAAACAUGUCAUCUUCUCGUCAUCAAGCCAAAGUACAGGCCUUUCCUCUCCAAAGGUAAAAACAUUAACAAUGUAUUAAGCCUUUGCCUAAACAAGAAGCAAAAGUUAAUGACGCGAAGCAAAGGGGAAUAUGCCGAGUGGCUGUAGAAUCUCAGCAUCAGGUCCAAAUCGAUGGUUUCUAAAGUUGGUCCUUCACGUUUUUCCUGGGGCCGAAUCAAGCAGAAGCGAGCGUGCGUGCGAGCGUGCGAGCGUUCGAGCGAGCCAGAGCCAGACAGACGCAGCAGCAACCAAAGAGUCACUUACCUUAAUUAAUAACAUGACCAUUUCCAUAGUAUGUAACAUUCAAUUACCCUCAUCUUCGUACUAUUAUUCCUCCACAUCCUCCUCCUCCCGGUGCAUAAGCACAGCCCCCGUUCCCCUUUCAAAGCGAAAACCAAUACAACUUCCGCUCUAUCGUACCUCUGCUUAUCUCUCGGAUAUGGAUGCAACAAGCACUCCUGGAUUGUACCCAUUGCACCGUUGUAAAACUCUGCAUCUGGUAAGGCAUGCUCAGGGGAUUCACAAUGUAGCAGGGGAAAAAGAUUAUGCCGCUUAUUUAUCUGAAGACCUUUUCGAUGCCCAUCUCACGCCGCUUGGCUGGCAACAGGUUGAUAAUCUGCGCAAUCAUGUUCAAGAAACCGGGAUUUCUAAGAAAAUUGAAUUGGUCAUUGUUUCUCCUUUACUCAGGACUAUGCAAACUGCAGUGGGAGUCUUUGGUGGUGAAGGGUAUAAAGAUGGGAUAGUUGUACCUCCACUAAUGGUGGAAAAUGUAGGGGAAAGUCACCGUCCUGAGAUUUCAAGUCUGAAUUGUCCGCCAUUUCUAGCUGUUGAACUUUGUCGAGAACAUUUGGGAGUCCAUCCAUGUGAUAGAAGAAAAAGCAUCACCGAGUAUCGGCCUGUCUUUCCUGCAAUUGAUUUUUCUCUGGCAAGUAGCUUUUGUGAUCAAGCAAUAGAAAGCAAUGAGGAUAGUUUGUGGGAAGCUAAUAUUAGAGAAAAGAAUGAAGAAGUUGCAGUCAGAGGAAUGAAAUUUUUAAAUUGGUUGUGGACACGAAAAGAGAAGGAAAUUGCAAUUGUUACCCACAGUUCCUUCUUGUAUCAUACUUUAAGUGCUUUUGGAAGUGAUUGUCAUCCAUCUGUGAAGAGUGAAAUAUGCAAACACUUUGCAAAUUGUGAGCUCCGCUCUGUGGUUAUUGUUGAUAGAAGUAUGAUGGGAUCAGAUCCUGCAACAACUAACUAUCCUGGAAAAAUCCCUAGUGGGCCAGAUCUUCCAAGUGAUGUUGCUGAUGAGAAGCUUUCAGAGGCAGGAGAAGGCAAGUAGUUAUUAGUCUGGAGAGAUGACCAGGCGGGAAUCUGAGUUUGAUAUCCAUACUAUGAUUCUUUACAAAUUUACUGAGAUAAUUGUUACCUUUCAAAGGCAGCACAUAGGUACUCAAAAGAAAUUUUUAUGUACGCUCUCAAGCUAUAUUAUUUGGCAAUCUCCGAAUUAUUCAAGUAUGUCAGAUAAAAAAUGCUUUAAACAGUUAAAUGAAUUCUUUAUAAAUGGAAAACAUGAAUUCCUCCAUAUUAUGAUUGUCUUUGAGAGUUUGUUUUUAUGUUCAUUGUAUGACAGCAUAUAAAACAGAUGGAUGUUGCCCCAUUCUACAAGUCUCUCUAUGGUAUGUUUUCGGCAGUAUCAUCAAUUUUCUUUUCAGCUGUUGGGUAUUAUCUAGUGGCUCCCAGCCCUCACGGGCGGUUAAAAUGUAUAAAUGCUGAUUUUUGUUUCGGGGAAAAGGAUCUCAUAUCAUUAAUAGUGAAGGACUGGAUUGACUUACCAGCAAUCUCCUGUUCUUUUUCUACUGAUAUGCUUUUUCCUAGAAGACAAAACCUUGAGAGUAGGCUACCAGGCUCUUAAAAACGAAUAAUACCUUGUGACGGGUAUAUUUCAACAAUUUUUUCAUCGGCAAUUUUGAUUUUUCAAAUUGACUUUUAUAUUGGGGCUCUGAAGGCAUUGGAAUUUGCUGAUCAAUGAUUCUUAUAUGCUCAAUUUACAUGAGAAUUUCAUCCUAAUACAUGGGAAUGAAAGCUGAAAAAAUGGAGGCUAGUCAUUCUAAAGUUGAUGCAAACUGAAUAAAGCCGUCUUUUGAGGACUGCUUAGAUAGAGCUGGUGAGAAAACACUUCCUUGUGCAUAGCCUGAUUAAAAAUUGCCACGAGGCUGUCAUGUUUCAUGCUGUCAUCAGUUCUAUAAUGGACAACGUGCAUCAACUUUGGGAGGU